UAGAUCUGUCAAACAUUAAACAUUUCUUUGGACAGUGAAGAAAUCAUUCGAUGCACUCAAAGAAACGCGCAAGCAAAGCGAAACUUAGAUCAUAAUAAUCACAAUCUCUGUCGGUAGAUUUUUUGUUUGUUCGAAUUCAUUGGGCUCUGCUCGAAUCUGGGUUUAGAGUAAACCGUGGAGGAAUCGGCGAUAGGAGGAGUAGGGAAAAGAUGAGGAGGCGGAGGGUAGCUAGAAGGAGAUUGUUGAGUUGGAUAUGGCUUCUCCUUGCUUCUUUCUCUGUCGCUGGUUUGGUUCUCUUUAUGGUUCAGCAUCAUCAUCAGCAACAAGAUCCAUCUCAGCUAAGAGUUGUAUGUUUUUCUCUCUUCAUUCGAUUCCCAUGCUAUGUCUUUGAUCAUACAGUUAAGAAAAAGUCUGGAUCUUCUUCUUGCUGUUGACAAAACAUUGGAAAGAGACACAAUAACCGAGAACGUAUCUCCUCCCCGUUUAAACUUCACGGAAGAGGUAACAAGUGCUUCCUCGUUCGCGAGGCAGUUAGGAGAGCAAAUGACGCUUGCCAAGGCUUAUGUUUUUAUAGCCAAAGAGCACAACAACCUCCACUUAGCUUGGGAGCUGACUUCUAAGAUCAGAAGCUGUCAGCUUCUGCUCUCGAAAGCAGCGAUGAGAGGUCAACCCAUUUCACUAGACGAAGCAAAACCCAUCGUUACGGGCCUUUCAACUCUUAUCUACAAGGCGCAAGACGCGCACUACGACAUAGCCACCACAAUGAUGACCAUGAAAUCUCACAUCCAAUCCCUUGAAGAGCGCGCAAGCGCAGCUACUGUUCAAACCACAUUAUUUGCGCAAUCGGUUGCCGAGGCGCUACCAAAGAGCCUCCACUGUUUGAUGAUCAAGCUCACAUCUGAUUGGCUAACUAAGCCAUCACGCCAUGAACUGGCAGAGGACUCACCUAGACUUGUUGACAACAAUCUCUACCAUUUCUGCAUCUUCACUGACAACGUGAUAGCCGCCUCUGUUGUUGUUAACUCAACCGUCUCUAACGCUGAUCAUCCAAAACAGCUUGUUUUCCACAUAGUGACGAAUAGAGUGAGCUACAAAGCUAUGCAGGCUUGGUUUCUAAGCAAUGACUUCAAGGGCUCAGCGAUAGAGAUCAGGAGCGUUGAAGAGUUUUCUUGGCUGAAUGCUUCAUACUCUCCUGUUGUUAAGCAACUUCUGGAUACAGAUUCAAGGGCUUACUAUUUCGGAGACCAGACAAGUCAAGAAACGAACCCUGAGCCAAAAAUGAGGAACCCGAAGUACUUGUCAUUACUGAACCAUCUCAGAUUCUACAUCCCCGAGAUCUAUCCGCAGCUAGAAAAGAUCGUUUUCCUAGAUGACGAUGUUGUCGUUCAGAAAGAUUUGACUCCACUCUUCUCCUUGGAUCUUCACGGAAACGUCAAUGGAGCUGUUGAGACGUGUCUCGAAGCCUUCCACCGUUAUUACAAGUAUCUAAACUUCUCCAACCCACUCAUCAGCUCAAAGUUCGACCCACAAGCAUGUGGAUGGGCUUUUGGUAUGAACGUUUUCGACCUGGUGGCUUGGAGGAAAGCGAAUGUGACUGCUCGGUACCACUACUGGCAAGAGCAGAACACAGAACGAACGCUUUGGAAGCUUGGGACUCUCCCUCCGGGUCUGUUGGCUUUCUAUGGUCUCACUGAACCGCUAGACAGGAGAUGGCAUGUCUUAGGUUUAGGUUACGAUGUGAACAUUGAUAACCGUUUGAUCGAAACGGCUGCUGUGAUUCACUACAAUGGUAACAUGAAACCUUGGCUAAAGCUGGCUAUAGGUAGGUAUAAACCGUUCUGGUUAAGGUUUUUGAACUCGAGCCAUCCUUAUUUACAAGAUUGUGUCACAGCUUAAUAGCAAAAGAAACUUUUGAGUCUAAUCACAUAUCACAAGAUUCUUGAUUUCUUAUACACUUUGAAGAUUCUUUUUGUUUUUUUUUUUUGUAAUAUUGUAGAGAUCUCAGAAAGUUUUUCAGGUUCAGAUAUUCUCUGAAGACUGUUCUUGUUAUGGUCUGAAAAGAAAUUUAUAGUCACAUUAGAAAUGGUUAAAAUGUACUUAAAGUUGAGUACGUUACAUGUAUUAUUAUUUACAUUUGACACUGGUUUAUUCUACAUACAUAAUAUAUGGUUUUUAGAAGGU